AUGUCGUUUUUGGUGGGCGGCUGGAUCCAGUCACUCCUGAGCCCCCUUCUGGCCCUCCUUCUCCCAAGACUACUAGGGCCCCGGCCGCGGAGCCCGGCCGCCAGGCGCGUGCCCACGCCGUGUCCCCUUCGCCCGCCCCUCGCGGCGGCUGAGGAAUCCGGCCCGGGGCCUGUCGCCGGCGCCCACACCGGCCGGCCCCCGCCCGCCCGCCGCGGCCCGCGCGCGUCCCCUCCCGGCCCGGUGCGGCCUGGGCCUCGGCCGGUGCAGGCCCGCGGGCGCCCGCGGCCGGGCCAGGCGAGCACAGGCCUGCCGCGGCCUACCCUGUCGGGGGCCGCCGAAGGCCCCCGCCUCACCUGGACUCGGGCGGGCGGGCCCGGGGCUGCUCCGGGGCGGGCGGGCGGCGGCGGCGCGGCGCUAACGGCUCCGCUCGGCCUCGGUAGCGGCGGCGGCGGCAGCGGCGACGGCGACGGCGGCGGCGGCUCCUCCUCAGCGCGCACGACCCGCUCCGGCCCGCGGCCCGGACACGCCCCCCCGGCGCGCGCGCCCAUUGGCCGGCGUCCUCCACGGUGCGCUUCUCAUUGGCCGGCGUGCCUGUCUCGGCGCCCAGGGGCGCGCGGCGGAGGCGGGACUUCCGGCUGGCGCCGCCUGCGAAGGGCUCGGCGGCCGGCGGAGACGCGGGUGGCCGGCGAUGGCCGCGGUGGGGGCCGGCUGGGGCCCAGCCCACGGAGGCCGGCGGAAGGCGGUGGCCGAAGAGCCGCGCCCCUUGUGGAGCGCAUGCUGUGUGACCCGCGCCUGUCUUUCCCGCCGCCGCCCCGCCAGGUAGUAAUGGUCAGCGCGCCAUGGCUGUGGGGACAGGACCCGGGUUCGAAUCCCGACCCCGACGUUUCCGCACUACGUGCCCUUGGGAAGGGACUGACGUCACUUCUCCGGGCCUCAGUUUCCUUAUCUGGGCCCAUCUCAGGUUCGACCGGCUGCGUUUCAAGAGCUCAGCAACCACGUGGCUCCUGCAUUGGACCCUGCAAUGCUAGUUGGGGAGACAGAAAAGAAAUGAAGCGGAUUCCACAUCAAGUGGUGGAAAGGGGUCUCCAUUCUCUCUGGAGCCCUGGUGGGGUGCCCUGUGCAUCCCCACAGCCUGUGUGUGGACGUUCCUCUAGAGUGCAGACCGUGCAUCCUGUGAAAGUCCCCCCGGCGGAUCUGCCAGCCCCGGGAGGGGCACUCAGUCCUUCCGUGAUCAGGUAGGCACCAGCUGUCAAGACGUCCUGAUACACAAGACAAGCUUGGAGCACAGAGGACUUUCAGGGCAGUGAGGUACUCUGUAUGAGGCCAUAAUGAUGGGUACAGGUCAUCAAGCAUUUGCUCAAACCCAUAAAAUGUCCAACACCAGGCGUGGACCCGAACGUAAACUAUGGACUUUGGAUGACAAUGCUGUCAGCACAGGCCCGUCGAUGGUAACAAAUGCAGCCUUUGGUGCGGGAUGUUGAUAACCAGGGAAUAUCCAUUUGG